UCCGACAAAAUGGCGGCCCGGAACUGAACCCCGGAAAAAAGGGGGUGGGUGGGAGAUAUUGCAGGGGGGAGGGGACGAGCAACUGCUGCCAUCAGCACCGGCGACCGAAGCCUUGCUGGCCGCUGCAGAGACGCGCCGCUCCCGCCCCUCUGGGAAUCGCUCGCCUUGAGGCGCUGCCGUCUCCUCCUCCUCCUCCUUCUCCCUCAGGCAGGUGGGUAGGAAGGCUUGGCUGUAGUUCCGCCUCAGGGAAGAAAACUCGGUGGCUAGUUAAUGGGGAAGGCCCUGCGCACCGCACGCCUUGGCCUGGGGUGUUAUAACGGGUCCUUCGCUGCCACGGCAAGAACGUCGCUGCCUCCCUGGCGUGGUGAGCGUCUCACCUCCUUCCUCCCCCCGCAUUCCUCCGUCUCCGUACAGCUUCUCUCAGGCAGGUUUCUGGCCUUUUUGGUGUUGUGGGCGUUCCUUGUUAGACCAUCCGUCCCAUUCAACCUUAGACACCCGCUUGCAGCCACCUUAUUUAUUUCCUGCUCUCCAUCCGUUCCCCACUUUUUCAUGCCGUGCUGACGAGAAGUUGGCUGACCUAGGUUUGAAUGAAUGGUUAUCCUCCUGGAAUCAAGGUCAACCGUCAAUUUUGAAGUUGCCAUACAACUUGUUGAAUAUAUUGAAGGUGAAUCUUCGUUAGAGGUUAUACAGUUUCAUGAAGAGAAGUGAGAAGCCAGAAGGUUAUAGACAAAUGAGGCCUAAAACUUUUCCUGCCAGUAAUUACACUGGUAGCAGCCGGCAAAUGUUGCAAGAAAUACGAGAAAGCCUUAGAAAUUUGCCUAAGCCCUCUGAAGCUGCAAAAGUUGAGCAAAAUGUGGGUAAAAUAUCAACUGAUGAUCCCAGACAGGGUCGAAAUCCCCCUAAAUUUGUGACCUACCAUAAAGCAUUACAAGAAAUUCGGAAUUCUCUGCUUCCCUUUGCAAAUGAAACAAGUUCUUCAACAAGAGGAACAUCAGAAGUUAAUCGGCAGAUGUUACAAGAUCUACAAGCUGCUGGAUUUGAUGAGGAUAUGGUUGUACAAGCUCUAAGACAAACCAACAGCCGCAGUAUAGAAGCAGCAAUUGAAUUCAUAAGUAAAAUGAGCUACCAAGAUUCUCGGCGAGAACAAAUGGCAGCGGCAGCAGCUAGACCUGUUAACGCUGGCACAAAACCACCAGGGGGAGUGCAGCAGUCAGUCAACCGCAGGCAGAGCUGGAAAGGUUCUAAAGAAUCCUUGGUGCCUCAGAGACAUGGUCCUGCAUUGGUAGAUGGCCUGGCAUUUCAUUCCGAGAAUCCCAUUUCUCAGCCUGAUGGAGGCAGACCCUUGUCUGGCUCUGGAAUAACAGGAUUUGCUCAGGCUCAUCCUGGUAAUGGACAAAGAGCAAAUCCGCCACCUCCACCUCAAGUAAGGAGUGUAACCCCUCCUCCUCCACCUCCCCGAGGAACAACUCCACCUCCUCCUUCCUGGGAAACAAAUUCUCAGACAAAACGGUAUUCUGGUAGCAUGGAAUAUAUGAUCUCUCGCAUUUCUCCAGUGCCACCAGGGGCAUGGCAAGAUGGCUAUCCUCCGCAACCUAUAAAUCCAUCAUCGAUGAAUCCUUCCACACAGGGACAAAGAGGUAUUAAUUCUGUUCCUGUUGGCAGGCAACCAAUAAUCAUGCAAAGUUCAGUUAACAAUAAAUUUAGUUUUUCAUCUGGAAGGGCUGGAAUGCAAAAUGGCAAUUGUCAGACUGAUUAUAUUGUUCAUCAGAAUAUUGUGCCUGGUAACUCAGCGAAUCGUCAACCACCACCACCUUACCCCAUGUCUCCGGCAAGCCAGCAAAGCCCCACACCUUUGCAAAUGCAAGCAGGAGGCUCUGCAGCCCCAUCAUAUCCUAACGGGAACAUUCCUCAGUCUAUGAUGGUUCCAAACAGAAACAGCCACAAUAUGGAGCUGUACAAUAUAAAUGUUCCUGGAAUCCCAACAUCCUGGCCCCAGUCGUCCUCUGGGCACGAAAUUCCAACUUGGCAACCGAAUAUUCCAGUAAGGUCAAAUUCCUUCAAUAACCCUCUUGGAAGCAGACAAAGCCAUGCUACCAAUUCACAGACUUCUGCCACCACAGUAACUGCUGUUACUCCAGCUCCUAUACAGCAGCCAGUAAAAAGCAUGCGUGUACUGAAACCAGAGCUGCAAACUGCCUUAGCUCCUACUCACCCUUCUUGGAUGUCACAACCAAUGCAGGCUGUCCAACCCAUCUCCUUUUCUGAGGGACCAUGUACAAAUAUGGCAGUCCUGUCACCUGCGCCAGAGGCUCCAACAUAUCAAGGUCCUCCACCACCGUACCCAAAGCAUUUAUUACACCCAAAUCCACCUGUCACUUCUUACGAGUCUGUUGCAAAGCCUGGCAAAGAGGAUCAGCCCAGUUUCCCUAAAGAAGAAGAAAGUGAAAAGAAUGAGAACAGCGAGGGAAUGGAUAGAGAAAAGAAGCAAAUAACAACUUCACCAGUCCCUGUUAGGAAAAACAAAAGAGAUGAAGAAAGAAGGGAGUCCCGCAUUCAGAGCUAUUCUCCUCAGGCUUUUAAGUUCUUUAUGGAGCAGCAUGUCGAAAACAUACUGAAAUCUCACCAGCAGCGACUCCAUCGUAAGAAACAACUGGAAAAUGAAAUGAUGCGGGUUGGGUUAUCCCAAGAAGCCCAGGAUCAAAUGAGGAAAAUGUUAUGCCAAAAGGAAUCUAACUACAUCCGUCUGAAACGGGCAAAAAUGGAUAAAUCAAUGUUUGUUAAGAUUAAGACCCUUGGAAUUGGGGCAUUUGGAGAGGUGUGCUUAGCAAGAAAGGUGGAUACAAAUGCCUUAUAUGCAACAAAAACUCUACGUAAAAAGGAUGUGUUACUUCGGAAUCAGGUUGCUCAUGUUAAAGCUGAACGGGAUAUUCUUGCAGAAGCUGAUAAUGAGUGGGUAGUUCGUUUGUACUAUUCAUUCCAAGAUAAAGACAAUUUGUACUUCGUUAUGGACUAUAUUCCAGGAGGAGAUAUGAUGAGUCUGUUAAUUCGAAUGGGGGUCUUCCCAGAAAAUAUGGCCCGGUUCUACAUAGCAGAACUGAUCUGCGCAGUUGAAAGUGUCCAUAAGAUGGGAUUCAUUCAUAGGGACAUAAAACCAGAUAAUAUUCUGAUAGAUCGUGAUGGCCACAUCAAAUUGACUGACUUUGGGCUUUGUACUGGCUUUCGGUGGACACAUGAUUCCAAAUACUACCAGAGUGGUGACCACCCACGUCAGGACAGCAUGGAUUUCAGUAAUGAAUGGGGAGAUCCAGCAAGCUGUAGAUGUGGAGACAGGCUGAAGCCACUUGAACGUAGAGCAGCACGUCAGCACCAGCGCUGUCUGGCACACUCAUUAGUUGGGACACCAAAUUAUAUUGCACCAGAAGUAUUGCUGCGGACAGGAUAUACACAGCUGUGUGACUGGUGGAGUGUUGGGGUGAUUCUCUUUGAAAUGCUUGUUGGACAACCUCCCUUUCUGGCACAAACACCAUUGGAAACACAGAUGAAGGUUAUCAAUUGGAAAACAUCACUGCACAUUCCACUGCAAGCAAAACUAACGCCAGAGGCAUCUGACCUUAUUAUUAAGCUCUGCCGUGGGCCAGAAGACCGCUUAGGCAAGAAUGGUGCAGAUGAGAUAAAAGCACAUCCGUUUUUUAAAUCUAUUGAUUUUUCAAGUGAUCUGCGGCAGCAACCUGCUUCCUACAUCCCUAAAAUUACGCAUCCCACAGACACAUCAAAUUUUGAUCCAAUUGACCCAGAUAAAUUAUGGAGUGAGGAUAAGGAAGGGAAUGUAAAUGACACACUUAAUGGGUGGUAUAAAAAUGGCAAACAUCCUGAACAUGCUUUUUAUGAAUUUACAUUUCGAAGGUUUUUUGAUGACAAUGGUUACCCUUACAGCUAUCCCAAGCCUAUUGAAUAUGAAUACAGUAAUUGUCAUAGAUUGGAGUCAGAAUCAGAUGAAGAUGAGGAGAGGACCAGAAGAGAGGCCCAAAAUCAUGAUCUAGUUUAUAUUUAGUGGAGGACUUAAACCAUUCUUUGGGAUUUCCAAGAUGUAUGCUACAAGAGAACCUGAAAAACAAUUGGAAAGCUGGUUUUCUGCGCACUUGGGGUGGAGAAAAAGGAUGCAUGAUCAUUGUUGAUCUAGUGGUUUUUCCUGUCUUUCUUUUCUCCCUAUAAACACAGAAGUCCUUUUUCAAGCAUUCAUUUUUUCCAGCAUUGUUAAAGAGGAAUAUAGGAAACAGUAAUGUUAGGAAAAAUAAAUUGUAAAAUAAAUAGUUACACCUUUGUAAAGUAUUCAGAUUAGGAAACUGUAAUUUCUUUAGGAAAUUAGAUACUUGUCUAUUUGUAUAUAGACCACAUACAUUUAUUUUCCUCCCUUAAUUUUUCAUUUUUUAAAAUUGCCUUAGCUUGACCAAAUAUCAUUAAUACCAUGUACUUACUAAACUGAUAGUUGUUUUUCCUGACUAUUUAUCAAAUUCUCACUCUAGAUGAGACUGCAGAGAGUAAACUAGUAGGGAUUUUCUGGCACUCUGUGGGGGUUGUGGGUUUGGAACAAAGAAGCAUAGGAUUAUAAUCCGAAACCCAUUUAGAAGUAAACUGUUGAGAAUGUAGUGGGACUGACUUCUGAGUAAACAUGCAUAGGAAUGUUUGUGUUUCUUCUGACAAUAAAUGAUGAUGUCCACA